AUGUCUGGUGAAACCGGUUCAAGUGGCAGCGAUCUCUGCUCUGUGGAUUUUGAGAUAUUUGGCUAUGUUCAGGGUGUCUGCUUUCGUAUGUAUUCAGAGAGGAAGGGACUCAGCCUUGGUGUGGUUGGCUGGGUGAAGAACACAAACAAGGGGACAGUGGUGGGACAGGUUCAGGGGCCACGUCAUCUGGUCAAUGAAAUGAAAAUAUGGCUGAGUAAGGAGGGAAGCCCCAGUAGCCGCAUCACUCGGGCUGUUUUCAAAAAUGAAAAGACCAUCCCUAAGCUGGAGCUCUCUGGUUUCUCUACCCGAUUUUGAUAUACAACCCAAACAGCUGCUUUUGUCUCUGAACUACCAUGUCUCACACUAUAAACUUGCCAUUUCUAAUCCCACAACCAAAGAUCAGCCACUAUAUCAUUUGUAACAAAUGAAUCUACA